AGAAGGGGGCGGUAGUGCACCAUGAAGCUGGAUGCCAAUCAAACAGAAAGGAGAAGAAGAAGAAGUAGUAAACAAAGCGUUUCAGGCUUCCGUGUUCUUCUUGUUUCCACGUCUCUGGGAAGGAUGGCUCAUGGCGGGGUGCUUCUGGACAAAGACCAGUUCACCUGCUCGGUGUGUCUGGAGGUGCUGAAGGAGCCAGUGACCAUCCCAUGCGGCCAUAGUUACUGCUCGGACUGCAUCCGCAGCUACUGGGACCAAGACGACUACUUGGGGGUCUUCGUGUGUCCUCAAUGCCGGCAGACCUUCAACCCGCGGCCGGUGCUCGCCCGGAGCACCCUACUGGCCGACGUGGUGGAAAGAUUUAAGCAAAGCGGACUCCAGGAGGCCUCGGCGGGUCAAAGUGUGGCGGAGGCGGACGACGUGGAGUGCGACGUGUGCCCGGAGAGGAAGAACAAGGCGGUCAACUCGUGCCUGGUGUGUCUGGCCUCCUACUGCGACCUGCACGUCCGCCAGCACUACGAGUAUGCCGCCUUGAAGAAGCACAAGCUGGUGAUGGCCUCCAAGAGGCUCCAGGAGAUGGUGUGUGCUCGCCACCACAAGCUGCUGGAGGUCUACUGCCGCACGGACAAGCAGUGCAUCUGCUCGCUGUGUCUCACCGACCAUCACAAAGGCCACGACGCCGUGACUGUGGAGGUGGAAAUACAACAGCAACAAAGACAGCUUGGUGAGAUGAAGCUCAACUCUCAGCAGAGCAUCCAGCAGAGAGAGAAGGAGGCUCAGGAGCUGAGACAAAGCAUCUUUUCUCUGAAUCGCUCGGCCCGGCUGGCGACGGAGACGAGCGAGUGCGUCUUCACCGAGCUGAUCCGCUCCAUUGACUUGAAACGCUUCGAGAUACGCGAGCUGAUCACCGCCCAGGAGAAGCUGGUGGUCAGUCAGUGUGAGCAGCUGCUGGAGAAGAUCCACAAGGACAUCACGGAGCAGAGGAGGGUCGAGGCUGAUCUAGACAAGCUUGCGCAAACCGAGGACCACCUGCACUUUCUCCAGAGUUUUCAAUCCCUGAAAGCCACACCUGCGUCCUCUCCUCUGCAAGCCGUGGCGCUCGCCCCCAACUUGACCUUUGACCCUGCUACAAAAGCUGUGUGUGAUUUCAAAGCGUUGCUGCAGGAAAUCUGCCAGGGAGGAUUCGUCAGCAUUUAUGAGAAAGUGCGAGAUGUUGUCCUGGUGGGUUCCCCCGCCCCGCCAGCCCACACAGAAGUAACGCCCUUGCCCAUUGUCAAUCCUCCUAUUCAAAUGGGAGCGAUCGUGCACUCCUCACAAGGCCUGGACCAAAGCCCUGUGAGCCCCUUCAGAUCUUCUCUUCAUCCUGAAGUUCCCAUUUUUGUCUUCUCACCUUUUGGUGGUGGUCGGAGGGGACGUAGGCGCAAACUGGCAGCCUCGCUUCAGUCAGUCUACCUCAGGGCAGCUGUGGCUACAAAUGUAGCUUACCACCACCAGGCCCCAAACUGUCAUCAGGGUCCAGACAGAGAGGCUCUCAGCGCCGCCCCAGAAAGAAACACCACUUGAACUGACUUUCAAUACUACCUUUCUUCAACUCAUACACACACACACACACACACGCACACGCACACGCACACACUUACUGUUACUUCAGCAGUACUUUUUAUUUGAAUUUUAAGUGUUCAUUGCAGUACAAUUCAGUACUGAAUACUCCCUCAGUGCAGUAUUAGAAGCAGGACUCACUAUGCUUGUAUUUUAAAGGCCAUUUCAUUGCUUUUUAACUUCAAUCCAACUCAUGUAAAAUAUUGUGUUGGUACCUUUUUAAAACAACUCCGAUGUAAGAGUGGCCGCGUCAGCAAAUGGAGGGUUCCAGGUUCAAUUCCAGCUUGUAGCCAGUCACACGGGUUGUGUCCUUGUACAAGACAGCUGGCUCCCAGUGCCGCUCACAUGUCAGUACAUGUGUGGUGCUGGUUGCAGGCCCAAAUGUGUCUUACCACCAUCCAGCCAUUGUGCAGUGAUGGCUUCUCAGUUUUCUGUCAAGCGCUUUGACUGUCUAGAAAAGCGCUCUAGAAAUGUAAUCCAUUAUUAUUAUUAUGCCUUUCUAUGUAUCUUUUACACACCAUGCACAUACAUUCAAACACUUUGCCAGUCCUUUUAAGUAGAAGCCUCUAGCACAGGGGUUUCAAACUCAUUUUAGAUGGGGGGCCACGUGGAGAGAAAUGUACUCCCAAGUGGGCCGGACUGGUAAAAUCACGGCACGAUAACUUCAAAAUAAAGACAACUUCAGUUUGUUUUCAAAUACAACAAGAACAUUCUGAAAAUGUACAAAUCAUAAAGUUGUUUUUUUGUACAUGUACAUGUUGCAGUUAAUAGUAUUCUAUCUUUAUUUGUCAUUAUUUAUACCUUCUGAAUAAAGGAAAGUAUCUGCAA